GGAAGGGGUUUGUAUGGACGGAUCACAUUAGUAUUCCCGUCCUAUCAAUGUGCGGGGCCUCGACCAACGUCAGUCGGACCGAUUUCCUGCGUCUGCCGGUCCCGCCACGGAUUCUUUUGAGAUCCUUAAACAAGGAGCCCGUAGAGACGAAGGAUCGGGGCAACAGAUUAGAGCCAAUUGCCUGCAGCGGACUCAGCCAGCCCUUCCAGGCCUGGCGACUGUGGAGAGAGGGAAAAGAUGAACUGAGCGCCGCUGCAGGGAGACAGCGAAGCCAGAGCGACACCCCCUCCCGCCCCCCCACCUUGCAGCGCAGGCUUGGAGAGCUGCUCCGCAUCUGAAUGGAAACUCGGCCCCGCAGGGCUGCGCGUUCCUCCUCGCUCAGCCGCGCGAUCCAUGCCGAGAGGACAGCGCGGCGCGUCCGCGACAGCGCCCAACUCCCGGGACCCGGCCCGCAAUGCUGCUGAGCAGAACUUGAUCGCGCCCCUUCCUCGCUGCUAGUGGAAGCGAUGCUGCGCGGCGCAGCCCGCGCUUCCCCGGCUCUCCUUCAAGCUGAAGGUUACCCGCCCGCGCAGCCAGUCCCAGCCCUGUGAGCUGAGCGUCUCGGUCCGGGUUCCGGCUGCUUGGCCGCGGCGUGCAGGGCAACCACCGGGCCGCCCGCGCAGGGGCGCACUGCACCAGCGGCUUCGGCUUGGUGGAUGUGUAUGCAUGAGUUCUGCACCGAAUGGGCGCAAAAAGCGCCCCAGCCGGUCCACCCGCUCCUCGAUCUUCCAGAUCAGCAAGCCUCCGCUGCAGAGCGGGGACUGGGAGCGCAGGGGCAGCGGCUCCGAAAGCGCCCACAAAACCCAAAGAACCCUGGACGACUGCAAGAUGCUUGUCCAAGAGUUCAACACGCAGGUGGCCCUGUACCGAGAACUGGUCAUUUCUAUUGGGGACGUCUCUGUCAGCUGUCCCUCACUGCGGGCGGAAAUGCACAAGACAAGAACCAAAGGCUGUGAAAUGGCCCGUCAGGCACACCAAAAACUGGCUGCCAUCUCAGGCCCAGAAGAUGGGGAGAUACACCCAGAAAUCUGUCGGCUUUACAUACAGCUGCAGUGCUGCUUAGAAAUGUAUACAACUGAGAUGCUAAAAUCCAUUUGUCUGCUGGGGUCGCUUCAGUUUCAUCGAAAAGGAAAAGAAGCCGGUGGGGGAACAAAGAGUUUGGACUGCAAAACUGAGGAUAGUGCUGAAACUCCUGCCCUAGAAGACUCCUUGUCAUCCCCCAGUGACAAUCAGCAGCACUCCUGGCAGGUUUCCACAGAUAUCGAGAACACAGAGAGAGACAUGCGUGAAAUGAAAAACCUUUUAAGCAAACUCAGGGAAACUAUGCCUUUACCACUGAAAAAUCAAGAUGACAGCAGCCUUCUGAAUCUAACUCCCUACCCCCUGGUUAGAAGACGGAAGAGAAGAUUCUUUGGGCUCUGUUGUCUCGUCUCAAGCUAGGCGAUUCUCCGGGAAACUCACCACUGGGAACACCUGAAAAAAAAAAAAAAAUCACAAAACCUGAGGACCUCCAGACAGCUGAACCACACAGUGAUUGGUUUUUCUAUGUUUCCUUAUUAUUUUUACCCACCACUCCCUGCCCUUUUCAAUGAUUUUACACUUGAAAACACCUGCCAUCAAGAAGAAGAAAAAAAAAAAAAAAAAAACAAGAUUUAAAAAGCAGGCUGUUUUUUAAAGGAUUUUUAAAGUUGAUAUUGUGCAUGUUUGCCCCAAACCAUGCCAUGACAGAUGCAAGACUUAUGAUUUUUAAAUUAUUUAAAGAUUUUUAAGUGUAUCAUAGAGAACAAUUAUUUCACAUAUAGUAGUAUACCUGUAGCUCGUGGUGAUCUUACGCUAACAGCUUAUAACGUAUGAAAGAAGUCUUUAAACAUAGAAAUUUACUUAAAACUAUAAAAUGGUGUUGAAAAAGCGCCAAUCUAUUAAUAUUAUUAGAAAUAUUAUAACUAAACAUAUACCACCUCACCUAUUGCAUUCUCUGCACUCAUUCACCUUUAGUCUUCCAUUCUGUCAGAAUCUAAACCUUCACCAUAAAACUAUAUUAAUUUAUGAUGCAACAAAAAUCAUGCACAAGAAAAAAAUUUGUAAAUACACAAUAAUCCUAAUAUCUUCCUAUGCUUAUGAGCAACUAAUUUCCCUUUGAUCCAAUGGUGUCUCUUUCAGCUUCUUGGAGAAUGAAGUUAUCCAGUUAGAAAACGGGGUAGUAGCACAUACAAUUACCCUCAAAUGUAAAAUUGAAUAUUAUCACAUUUUGUUCUAAUUGAAAUCCAAAGCAUGGUGUCUGCUCAUCAGCAUAGUGUUAACUUAUAGGGCAUGCUGGAAUUAGCUCAGAUCGUAAAAAUAUUAACAUCUUACAUUAUUAAUAUUUUUUUUUUUAGUGAAGCUAAGCUUGUCUCAGUUUAGAUGACUAUGCAGAUAUGACUUUUCCAACGUGUACUUGGUGUCUUGUCUUAUGCUUAGAACACGGAAAGCAGGACACAUUAAGCAAUACUACACUUUAGAAAGGAGGAAGGCACAGCCUUUGUUUUUCUGCUCACGGCUUUGUUGCAGUCUUCCUCCUCUAAACUUGUGACGUGGCUCACAUUUUCUUAUGCUCCCUCCUUUUACCCGUGGACUCACUUCCCAGACAGAAUCCCCAUGACGGGAAAGAUCAAGUCUUUCCAUUUCCUUUCUUGCUUCUAUAGUUUGAAAAAUCAGGUUGGACAGGAGGCACUGGAGUCCCACACAAUAGAAGUAGGAGCUAGAAGCCUACGAGUGGUUUGUAUAAGAUUCAUUUCCCCAUCCCAACCCUGCACAGGCAUUUAUACAUACACUAACAUCUUGACCUAAAAAAUUAAGCAUAUUAAUGCUUGUAGCUUAAAUGAAGAUGGAGAAAAUAAACAAUUAUCAUAUUAGGUUGAAUUAUAUGAAAUUGCUGAUAUUUGACUGUUUUGUUCUAUAAAAAUGGCAGUUUCAGAUAAUUCCCCCUAGUAUCAGAGGUGAAAGUUAAAGAAUUAAAAGAUUAAAAGACAUCUCAAAAAGGUAUGCAGGUCCCUCCUUUGAUGACACUGGCUGUUACUUGGCCUUGUUCUUGACAACAAGCUGGUAUUUAACGCGUGGCUCCAAGUAUGCCUGGCUUCACAAAAGGAAGUACCCUUGACAAGCUACAUGAGAAAAAUCACAAUUUUCUAAAUCAAAAACUGGUGAAACAAUGGUGAUAGUAUGCUAUUACAAGUAACCAUUCCCAGAUUCACCUAGUCUUCUGACCUUAAUCUUCCUAAAUCAAGCUUAAUUAAGCUUAAUAUUCUAUUCUGAAUCAGGCUCAUUUUUAUCCCUCGAUGCUAUUUCACCUGAGGGUCAUUGUUUUGCAGAUUGUUAAGUGCCCCAAAUUGACAUGCUCUCAUUUCUGUCUCUGUCCUCUCUUACCCUUUGACUAUGUACACCCUUCCCCUCAGUCUUCUUCCUACUACUCCACACACACAGCUAUUAAUUGAUAAGCCCAACCUUCAUAUUCAGCACGUUCUUCCCAAUGCCUGACCUAAAUCAUUUCUGCUUGGUUAAUUUGAGCUCACUCUCGCCUUAGUCUCAGUGUGAAAGUAACACUUACCUUAUGUGCAAUUGUCCUUUGUGCGACUGAAGACUGUUAAUAAAUUCAGAUCUCACCUCCAUGUCUGGGAAGGCUGUAGUAGCUAUUCAUGGAGAUGGGAAUUUGUCUAAUUACCUAGCCAGACUUUCCAUAUCAAAGAUAAUAUAUUCAGCCACCUUAUCUUUUAUUCAUAGUGCCUGUUUUCCAGCCUUCGAUCAAUUUUAUAGUUCCCGUAGACAUACUCCAAGAUUUAUAGAUGUCCUUUCAGUAGCAGAUCCUAAAAUUACAUUUAGUACUCAGAGUUCUGUAAUCUACAUCAGUGCAUGGUUGCAAUAGGCGAUUCACCACCCCACGAGAUAUGCCAGCGCGUCCUUUAGGAGCUGCCCCUCUCUCCCCUCAACUUCCAAGGACACUCUCAGGUAUAGUUCCAAUAUAACAUUCUGCUGUCUUAGCCUCCUGCUAGUAAUUUACUUUGAGAUUAGCCAUUAACACUGAGCUGAUCUCCAAGGGUAAGAAGAGAACGGUGAAUCUGUUUUCUCAAAUUACCCACAUACUUGAAACAGAAAAUUAUGUAAACCUGGCACACACCCACUCAUUUUACCCCCAGUUUUUCAUAACCAAUGUUGAUUGCUAUUUUUCCAGAUUACAAAGGCAAUACAUGGUCUUUAUGGUAAAUCUGAAAAAAAUGCUACCACGUAGCAAACAUUAAACUCACCUGAACCUCACCACAAUCACAUGAUUUAAAAGUACCUUUUGGGGCUUUAAAUUAGUAAGGGCGUAGGUCCAAAGGCACUUUUAGGUAAGGCAGAUAAAAAGCUCACAAUGCCAAUCUGUCUUUUUAAAUAUCAAUCCAAUAAUGUUUUGUUUGCAUCUAGGUGUGAACUCACUACAGUCCCUGGGUCGUACUUUUAGUCAGGAGUACAAAGAAAGUUUUAAAAGUAGCACAGUCCCAAUGCCUCCUGGAAUUAAUUAAAGCUCCUGGGGGAAAUUCAAAAAUCCUGUUGACCUUUAUAUUCUUCCAUGAGCCUCUGAAAAAAGUUUGGCAACACUGCCACCUACUGAAAGUAAAGCUUCUGAAUAAGAGAAGAAACAUACACAGGAGUAGAAAACCUCAUAAUUUAUUUCAGAAAGCAAGCGGUUGG